GCGUGCGCCCUCAAGCUUGGCGGGCACGUUCCUUCCGUAGACGAUUGGGGUAUAGCGUAAGGAGGGGGGAGGGAGAGGAGGAUGAGGUGAGUCGCCGCGGGAACUUGCCUCGAAGAAGAGGGACGGACGGGGCGCGCGCGCAGAGGGGCCGGGGGACCGGGGAGGGGGGGCGCGCGUGCGCGUUGCCGCCGCCACCACCUCCUCCUCUACCGCUUCCGUCAUCAUGGCUCACUCCCCUGUGCAGCAGCCCGGCCUGCCGGGGAUGCAGAAUCUGAAAGCAGAUCCAGAAGAACUUUUUACGAAGCUGGAGAAGAUUGGCAAAGGGUCGUUUGGUGAAGUUUUUAAGGGAAUUGACAAUCGAACUCAAAAAGUUGUUGCUAUUAAAAUUAUUGAUUUGGAAGAAGCUGAAGAUGAAAUAGAAGACAUUCAACAGGAAAUCACGGUGCUAAGUCAGUGUGACAGCCCCUAUGUUACUAAAUAUUAUGGAUCCUAUUUAAAGGAUACAAAAUUAUGGAUCAUCAUGGAAUACCUUGGUGGAGGUUCUGCUCUUGAUCUAUUAGAGCCUGGCUCCCUUGAUGAAAUCCAGAUUGCUACAAUAUUGAGAGAGAUCCUGAAAGGACUUGAUUACUUGCAUUCUGAAAAGAAAAUACAUAGAGAUAUUAAAGCUGCUAAUGUGCUGCUUUCGGAACAAGGAGAAGUAAAACUCGCAGACUUCGGUGUAGCAGGACAAUUAACUGAUACACAAAUAAAGCGGAACACUUUUGUGGGCACACCAUUUUGGAUGGCACCAGAAGUAAUAAAGCAGUCAGCAUAUGACUCAAAGGCAGAUAUUUGGUCACUGGGAAUAACAGCCAUAGAACUUGCAAAAGGCGAGCCGCCUCAUUCUGAACUGCAUCCCAUGAAAGUUUUAUUCCUGAUCCCAAAGAACAAUCCGCCAACAUUAGAAGGAAAUUACAGUAAACCUCUGAAGGAGUUUGUUGAGGCCUGCUUGAACAAGGAUCCGAGCUUUAGACCCACGGCAAAAGAACUCCUGAAGCACAAAUUUAUAAUACGCAAUGCAAAGAAAACCUCUUAUUUGACGGAUCUCAUUGACAGGCAUAAAAGGUGGAAGUCUGAGCAGAACCAUGAUAACUCCAGCUCCGAAGAUUCAGAUGGAGAAACAGAUGGCCAAGCCUCAGGCGGUAGUGAUUCAGGUGACUGGAUAUUCACCAUCCGAGAGAAAGAUCCCAAGAAUCUAGAGAAUGGAGCUACUCAGCUACAUGAGUGGGAGAGAAAUAAGGAAAACACUAUUCAAAGGCGGCCUUUAUCUCGGUGCUUAUCGACAAUUAUAUCACCUUUAUUCACAGAGCUGAAAGAAAGGAGUGAAGCGUGUGGGGGAAACAUGGGAUCCAUAGAAGAACUGAGGGAGGCUAUUUAUUUAGCUGAAGAAGCAUGUCCGGGCAUUUCAGAUACCAUGGUGACAGAGCUUGUUGAAAGGCUUCAGAGGUAUUCAGUAACUGGAGGAAGUGCAUCAUCCCACUGAAGUAUUGCUCUGCCGUGUUUGCUCACACAAUGGGCUCCUGUAGUCACCUCUUCUGCUGCUGGUCUGCCGUUCAGUCGGUCAGUGGCGUGUUCUCCAGUCAAUGGACAUUCUUGAAGGUGCAGCAACAGAAAUGGGUGUCUUCCCAAGGGCAUUGUGGCUCAGCUCUGUAUAGUUUUUUUAAAAAACAAAACAAUAAUGCACAUAUUCAAAGGAGGUAUCUUUUUAAAUCUCUGAGAUGUAUAUUUAGGAUUGCAGUUAGGAAACUGAAGCUAUUGUGAAAUCUCAGGUAUCUUGCUUUAAGUCAUUGGUCUUCAGCUGCUGGCCGAAGAUCUGUGAGUGGGCUGUAUCCCAACCUUUCAUGGGUGGACAAUGCCAUUUUCUUCUGCGGGGGAGGGGGGAUGUGUAUUAUAAGGAGGGAGGGAAGAGGAUAAAUGUUUUAAAAAUAGGCUUCAUGUUACAGGUAGGUGUUAAGAUGACUCUCUUGUCCAAAAAAGUUGAAGAAACUUCUUUAAGUUGAUGAAUCUGUGAACUGGAAACAUACAAUUGGCUCUGUGUAUAGAUUUGUAUAUAGUCACUUUUUUACUGCAACUGAGCGUGCAUCGGGAAUCCUUCUGUAUAAAUGGCCAAGUGCUUCUGUAGAUAAUGCUUGGGAGGUAAAAUAUUUUGGCCGAUCACAAUUGAUUACUGGCUUGCCUUUGUUACAUGGACAUUCUGAAUUGUGUGACAAGAGGUUUGAUUUGACCUUGUAUUUAUAGGUCAACAUUCGUAAAACCCUGCUGUAAAGAUGCAGAGUUUCCUCUUGUUUUGUCACGCAAUGUUCCUCUUUGCAUCAUCUAGGGUUGGCUCUUUAAUCACGGUACGACUUUGAUUAUUUUAAUUUACUGCAUCUUGUUUCCUUUGAAAUUGUCUAAUAUUUGUGGCUUUUAUAUCUGUUAAGUUGUGCCAAUUUAAGGUUUGAGGUCACUUUUGGUAGGCUUAUUUGAAGUUAGCUGCAAAACUUGACCAUCUUAUACAACGAAAGUAAAAUCUUUUGAAAUACCUCCUAGCAAUGUUGCCUGAAUAAUAGCAGUUUUGUAAGGCAUUUGGUUAUAAAAAUGAUGAAGAUAGUAAAAUGUGGUGCAUAUGAGAACAUAUAAUCAUAUCUCCCCCUUCUGAACCCCCCUGUAACAAUCAUAGGUGUAAAAAAUUGGCUUUAGCUGUGUCCAAGAUUAUUUCUUGAAGAAGAAAAUGCUUGAUACAUCAUCAGGACUUGAAAUAGAAAUUCUCGCUGCUGCUGUUUCUUCUGGUUAUUUUGAAUAUUUGUAUAUUUGGUUGCUUUUUAGUGGUUCUUUUUUAACUUGACCUGUGUUAAAAUGGGCAACAAAUACAAUGUUCAGGCUGGGGAUGUCUUUUUGUUGAUGCUGUAUACUGAUCAGAUAAUUAGGGGGCUUUUUUAUAAUAGAGCAAAUUUUGAUCGUAGCCAAUAUUUUUAAUAUUUCUGCACAGUUUUGAGUGAACAGAAAACCCUAGAGGUAUAUUUUAGUCUUCAGAAAAAUUCAGAAUGGAACAGUGGUAAAAGUCCAUCUUGGUUUGGAAAGCUUGCCCUUUUGGGCCAAAAUGUUAUGAUUAAACCUUUCAUAAGACAGUUGCUUCAUGAUAACAGUCUCUUGACAAAGCAUUGAAAUGGGCUAAUAACAGGCAGGUGGUUCUGAAAACUUUUUGGCCGCAAACCAUUACCUUAAGAAUAAAAGUAGAAGUUAACUUUCAGUUAGGAGUUUCAAUUUAAGACUUUUAUAAGAGGCAGGAAACCCGACUUUGAGGAUUUGGCUGUUGGGUUAUCAAAACAUUCCUGCUUUCACAUUUUGACUUUGUUUUCCGGACUACUUUUAUAAUUUGACAUCUCAAAUAUUACAUUCCUGUACAAAUGUCCUUUCAGCUGACUGGCUGAAGUGUUGUGAAAAGGUUAUUGUUCUGCCAGGUUGCAGUCAGUCCCAUGAACAUUGACUCAGAAUUAUUUUAAUUGAAAUAUUUGGAUUCCCACCCAAGUAAGCACAUCAGGGAUUGCAACUGCAGAGAUCUACUAUUUGGAUAUAUGCAGCAAAACAUUUUAUUGGUUCCAUGGACUAAAUAAAAGUAGUAUUUGGGGGGGGGGUACAGAUCAUUCCUGAUUGUAAUAGUUUUAAAAUCUUUUAAUCCACAAGCAUCUCUAUGGGGGGAGGGGAAUACAUUUUUAUGUUGGCCUUUCAUGUUAAUGUUUAUAGGCCUUAAACUGUAAGUAUCAUCUCCCAAAGAAAUGGAGCACUAAAAUGUUUUAUGUACAAAAAGGGGCAUUCUCUGUAUGGUGUCACUAAUACAACUUUCUAUCCCAGAUAUUCUUGCUAGAGGCAUCAUCAGCCUUUGAUCAGGGCCAGUUUGCCAUCCAAACAGUCACUUGUAGUGCCAGACUGGUAGGAAAUGCCAAUAGGAGGAGGAGGCAGGCAUAGCUUGAGCCUGUUAUGUCCAAGGCAGCCUGAAGAGUUUGACUCCAGUCCAGCCCUGGCAUGACAUGGAAAUAAAUGCGUGCUCCAGUGGGCUGGAAAGAGAUGCUGGUGCCAUAAGUAGGGAGGGGAAGCCUACUUCCCUCUUUCUGCCACCCCCAGCUCCAAAAGGCUUGGGACUGGUGGGGUGUGCAGGAGGAAUCCCACCCCUUUACCUCUGCUGCCCAGCUGGGCUCAGACAUCAGUAGUAGGAGAGAGCCAGGCAGCCUCUUCCCAUUCUCAGCUGAACCAGGUGAAUGGCUUUUUCUGGGCACACUUCAUAGUUUAGCGGGAUGAAGGCUGUAAAAAAUAAGGUAUUUCAAAAUAGAAAGGUUUCCUGUUCGUGUAGGUCCUAUCACCUUUGAAGUUGAUUGGAAAACUUUUUUUUGUCUCAUUAGAUUCUUGUCGUUGAACUAGAAGGUAGAUGACUGUCCUGUUGGUGCACAGAACUUCUGGUGAAAUAGCGAGUCUCUCCUGUUUUCUCCCCAUGUCAUUAAGUGCCAUGGCCUUUUCUGGUUCCCCAGUAGUUCUGUAGGUUAGGUCUUGAAGUUGCACUUCUGCCUCGCUUCGUUAUUAGUCUUCAUGUAGCCUUUUGUAUGGGUGGUACCUUGCAGUUUUAGGACCAUGUCAGAGAAGUAUACACAGUCUGGUUGACCUUGGGAUUGCAUACUGGGAAGUAGGCGUGUCCCGUGCAUGUGGAUGAACACCUGAGUCACCUGGUUAUCACCCCUGGGGAUCCCAGAACUUGGGUAAAUACAGUGUGGGAGCUCCGGGUACAAAUACCGCAAGACUCUGUAGCAAAAACAGACUGAGACGGCUACUCCAUGAAAACAUAAUUAGGAUGCUUUCUUCAGCAAAAUUACAGCAGCCAUUAAGGGUCUUGGAGUAUAAAAUUAAUUUUAUACCCUUUUUUGUUAGGCGUGUGGAACUUAAAUACAUCUGCGUGCCUGUCAGCCAGUACCAUAUUCUGAGGGCGUAUUGCAUAUAAGAAGCAACCUCUUGUGGGGAAUGUGCAGUUCUCACUGGACUUCUUCCCUCAUUUAAUUGUGACUUAACAAAAUUUUAUGUUUAUGUUAUGUUUAUGUUUAAACAAAAAUUUAUGUUUAUGUUAUAGAUGGUUGCCAGACCAGGAGUUGACAGCCAGUUGCCUUUAGAAAUGCACAAGCACUGCUUACUGGUGGUAACUAGACCCCUCACCCCCACCCACCCAGCACCUGCUAACUGGGUAUACACAUUUUCUCUGUACAUGAAGGUCCCACUUUUAGCUAAAAUACCCAAUGGUAGACCUAUCCUUUAUCAAGCCCUGUUUUCUUCUGUAAUCCUGCUCUCUAUUUAUAACCCUGUAUCAAACUUUGCUUCUGUCACGCAUCAAGCUAUUCUUCAAUUCCUUGUAAGUUACAUGACACAAAUAAAGGAGAAAUGCAGCGAUAUUCUGGUGUGAUCUUUUAUCAAAGAUGUUAAUUUUUAAAAACCCCACUCGUGCUGUUUUGAAGUAGUAAUGGACUGCUGUUCUGAUAAGGUCCCAAAUGCAAGAUGAGGAUUGAUGAAAAAUAAAGUUCGAUUACGGAGAGAACAA